GCCGUUGCUGUUGUCCCUUGUUGCUACCCGUCCGUACUGUGCGAACUGCUCUCCUGCUCAGAAAUGGCUGAAGCUCCCCCACGGCCCUGCCGGUUUUUUUGUCACCGGUGUUCAGCAGAGAUUAGUCCGCGUUUACCGGACUACACGUGUCCACGCUGUGAAUCUGGUUUUAUUGAGGAACUGCCUGAAGAAAGAAGUGCUGAAAAUGGGUCUGCCUCUACUUCCUCUUCCAGUGAUCAGUUCCGCCCAGUCUUGGAGAACAUGGAUCACCAGCACUUAUUCACAUUUCCCCCGGGUUAUGGUCCGUUCGCCCUUGGGAUUUUUGAUGAAAACUUUGACCUUCGGUUGCGGCUACCCACAGAGGACAACCGAGAGACGGAAAACAGGAGAGAGCGGGAAAUGGCAUCGCGGCAAAGAUACGGUGCACGGCAACCACGGGGUCGGCAUGUUCCUCGGCGACAGGGUACGCGACACGAAGGAGUGCCCACAUUAGAGGGAAUUAUCCAGCAGCUAGUAAAUGGAAUUAUAGCACCUACAGCCAUGCCAAAUAUUGGGAUGGGACCUUGGGGUAUGCUACAUUCCAAUCCAAUGGACUAUGCCUGGGGUGCCAAUGGGCUCGAUGCUAUCAUUACGCAGUUAUUAAACCAGUUUGAAAACACGGGUCCCCCUCCUGCAGACAGAGAGAGGAUAAAGAAUUUACCCACGAUUUCCAUUACAGAGGAGCACGUCAGUGCUGGUUUAGAGUGUCCCGUGUGCAAAGAAGACUACAGUGUUGACGAGAGUGUUAGGCAGCUACCCUGCAAUCAUUUGUUUCACAAUGACUGUAUAGUACCGUGGCUGGAACAGCAUGAUACGUGUCCUGUGUGCAGGAAGAGUCUUAGUGGACAAAACACAGCCACAGACCCGCCGGGGUUAUCGAGAAUGAACUUCUCCCCCUCUUCCUCCUCCUCUUCCUCCCCAAGCUCACCUAGCAAUGAAAAUGCUGCCAGCAACUCCUAGAUUUUCACUGUUUCACAAGAGAAAACAUGACACCCUUAGACCCAGCAGCUCCUCUCUGCAGCUGAAACCAGGACAUUUUUCUGUCUCAGGUGAACGGGACAGUGAGACGAGGUGAACUCAAAUUUUAGGAUUUUUUUUUUGUUUUGUUGUUUUUCCUCCCUCCUUCUGUGCUGAACGGAUAUUGGGACCAGCUCCCGCUGCUACUGUUACAGAGUGUUUGAGGAGGUGGGACUCAGAAAAGAUGGAGAAUAUGAUGAAGAUAAUAAUAACAGUCCACUUAUGAGUGGGAUUCUUACAAGACCCGGAGCAGAAUUGAAACCAGAUUGGACUGCUUUUUGAUGAAAACAUGUCCUUGCGGCAGUGCUUGGACACAUUUUAUAUUUAAAAGACAAGAUGCUCUUUUUUUUAAAAACAUUGCCUGUGGUGGUGGAGUCCGUAGAUGUGUAGAUAGAGAAUUCCUUUUUGAACUGCGAACCACUGUACAGCGAAUGGAUCAAACUAAGACCUUGCGGGAAGGAGACUGAGAGUGUGCAUCUGAUUUUUAUUUAUUUGCACAGUUUUUGUUUUGUUUCUUUAGUUUUUUUUGGGGCACAAAAUCUCAUGUUGGGAUGUGAAUUUGAGUCAACUACUGAACAAAAACAAGCAACAUUUCAACCUUUUGCAUUGAAUAAAUCUUUGAAGAUGUGUUUUUCCUUUUUAUUAAUUUAUUUUUUUUAGAGUUUGAUUCAGUGUAUUUGGUGCAUCUUGGUAAGUUGAACAUUGUUACAACUUAGGAGGGGAUAUGUAGUGAAAAUGUUCACAACUGUGUGUUUAUUGGACCCCUGCAAAGUAAAAAAAGAAAAAAAGAAAAGGCAAACAGGCAUGGGAUCAUCUUACCUCUGUGGAACUGGCCAAAUGUGUUUCAUGAAAAUAAGUGUUUAUUAUUUUAUUUACUGAAUUUUUGUACAGUCACAAUAAAGUGAUUAAAAACAAAUUUAAAGGUUUUUGCUGACGUUGUAAAGAAAUAUGAGAGCUGACAAAGUUACUCUGAGGUUCAACUAUACAGUAUACGUUAAACUAUAGAUUUAGGGGAAAAAAGGAUGUUAAAAAAAUGUAAAUUCCCUCAUUCCCUUUUUCAGGAUGAAGUGUUUUGAGGUAUGAUUUCUUUAAUGGGUCAUAACAAAUGUUAAUGUGUUUUCUCACCAUGUGAGAUUUGAAACUUUUGGAUAAAACAAUGUCUUACAUAUGUCUUGAAACUUUUUUUUGAUCAUGUAGU